UGAUAAGUUUAUUGCAACGUGUGGUGAAGUGAAGACGUACCGGAAUAAAUAUUUACAUUAUUCGAGUUUCUGAUAAACGUACCACGUUGCAAUGGCACCACAAAAUGGAUUCCAGUUCGCCAUAGACCGUGGCGGUACCUUCACAGACGUGUACGCUCGCUGCCCGAAUGGUAAGGUGAGGGUCAUGAAACUGCUGUCAGUGGACCCACAGAAUUAUGAUGAUGCACCCAGAGAAGCAAUCAGGAGGAUAUUGCAAGAGGAAACCGGCAAAGCGUUGAAUGCCGAUGGCAAAGUUGAUGCAUCCCUAAUUGAGUCAAUAAGGAUGGGCACUACAGUGGCCACUAACGCGUUACUUGAGAGGAAAGGUGCUAGAAUGGCUCUCAUCAUUAAUAAAGGUUUCAAAGACCUUCUUUAUAUUGGAAAUCAAGCUAGGCCGCAUAUAUUUCAGCUGGACAUAAAACGUCCAGGCGUGCUUUACACAGAAGUAAUAGAAGUGGACUGUCGCGUUAUACCAGCUUUAGAAGACAGGUGCCAAAUGGACAAAUCUGGAAAGAAUUGGAAGGAAGUUGUAGGGACUACGGGAGAAAAGAUGUUAGUUGUAAAGGAUUUGGAAGAAGAAGAAGUGAAGAAAGAUCUCCUGGCUUUGAAACAGAAAGGGAUUGAGAGCGUGGCUGUUGUGUUAGCUCAUAGUUAUACUUAUCACGAUCAUGAAAUCAGGAUCGGGAAAAUUGCUGAUGAAAUAGGCUUCAAGCAAGUAUCCCUAUCCCACGCAAUCACAUCAAUGGUCCGCAUAGUACCGCGAGGUUUCACAGCAUCAGCUGAUGCAUACCUAACUCCUCACAUCCGGGAGUAUGUGAGAGGGUUUGCUGACGGAUUCUCCGGAGGACUCAAAGACGCUAAUGUGCUUUUCAUGCAAUCUGAUGGUGGACUCACUCCAAUGAAUAUGUUCAACGGCUCAAGAGCUAUUCUCUCCGGGCCUGCAGGAGGCGUUGUUGGAUACGCCAUGACAGCUUAUCAAAAGGAAACCGGGCUCCCAGUUAUCGGUUUCGACAUGGGUGGUACUUCGACGGACGUGUCUAGAUACGCCGGCUCGUUGGAACAUGUCCACGAAGCUACCACUGCUGGAGUCACUAUACAAGCACCGCAACUAGAUAUAAACACGGUAGCGGCGGGCGGUGGGUCCAUGCUGAUGUUCCGCUCUGGUCUGUUCGUGGCGGGACCCGAGUCUGCGGGCGCAGAGCCCGGUCCUGCCUGCUAUAGGAAGGGAGGCCCGCUCACUGUUACUGAUGCUAAUUUGUUACUCGGUCGCCUUCUGCCCGAAUACUUCCCAAAGAUCUUCGGUAAGUCUGAGAACGAACCUCUGGAUAGAGAGGCGACGGUGUCAGCAUUCAAGAAGAUGACGGAUGAGAUCAACAGCUUCUUGAGGCAGGAUGGUGGGAAGGAGAUGACAAUGGAGGAAGUUGCUAUGGGAUUCAUAAAUGUUGCCAACGAAGCCAUGUGUAGACCUAUCAGGGCUUUGACAACAGCUCGAGGUCAUGACGCGUCUCAACACGCGUUAGCUUGCUUCGGCGGCGCGGGGGGGCAGCACGCCUGCAGCGUCGCCAGGCAACUCGGGAUCUCUACCGUACUUAUACAUAAAUAUGCUGGAAUCCUAUCCGCCUACGGCAUGGCUCUGGCCCACAUAGUCCAAGAGGAACAGGCUCCAGCUGCAGCAGUAUACAACCCCAACCACUUCAAGCAGCUAGACGACCAGCUCGAUCUACUGGCAGCCGUCGCCAAGGACAAGCUGAAGAAACAGGGUAUCCCGGAGUCACAGAUCCACACGGAGCCGUACCUCCACCUGCGGUACGCGGGUACCGACUGUGCGCUCAUGGUUGCCCCUCUACCUGGACAGUCGGCCACCGCCUGCAGGCAUGGGGACUUCUAUACUGCCUUCAUUAAUAGGUAUCAAAGCGAGUUUGGUUUCAAACUAAAUGAGCGUGACAUUAUAGUGGAUGACGUCAGAGUACGAGCUGUGGGUAUGAGUGCUGUGCCCAAGGAAAUACCACCGCCCUCUGGCAAGGGUAGUACACCUGUUCCUGAAAAAAGUACAAAAGUAUAUUUCGAAGGUGGUUACCAAGAUACCCUCAUAUACUUGCUGGAGAAGCUGAAGCCGGAACAGGUGGUGCCCGGACCGGCCAUCAUCAUGGAUGGACUGUCCACCAUUGUUGUGGAACCAGACUGUCGUGCAGAAAUUACGGAGCUGGGAGAUAUCCGCAUAGUUAUAGGUUCGGGGGCGCCGAAGCGUAUCACUACGGAGCUGGACUCCAUACAGCUUAGCAUAUUCAGCCAUCGGUUCAUGUCCAUUGCUGAGCAGAUGGGAAGGGUGCUACAACGUACAUCGAUAUCAGUGAACAUAAAGGAGCGGUUGGACUUCUCGUGCGCGCUGUUCGGUGCGGACGGGGGGCUCGUGUCCAACGCCCCCCACAUUCCCGUGCAUUUGGGGGCCAUGCAGGAAACUGUGCAAUACCAGAUGAAAGUACGCGGUGACUCAAUGAAGCCCGGUGAGAUCUACCUCGCGAACCACCCGAAGGCUGGCGGCUCACAUCUACCGGACCUGACCGUCAUCACGCCUGUGUUUUGGCCGUCACAGCCCAAGCCAGUAUUCUACGUGGCGUCCCGCGGGCACCACGCGGACAUCGGCGGCCUCACGCCGGGCUCCAUGCCGCCCCACUCCGUCAGCCUGACGCAGGAGGGGGCCGCGUUCAAGUCCACGCUCCUCGUCCAAGAUGGACGCUUCAAUGAGGAACUGCUUACUCAAGAAUUAAUGAAGCCAGGAAAAGUUCCUGGAUGUUCUGGCACUAGGAACUUAGCGGAUAACUUAUCAGAUUUGAAAGCACAAGUCGCUGCUAAUCAAAGGGGUAUCCAGUUGGUUGGCGAGCUGAUCAGCGAGUACGGGCUGGAUGUGACGCAGGCUUAUAUGUCACAUAUACAGAACAACGCCGAGCUUGCCGUCAGGGAUAUGCUCAAGGAGAUAGCUCGCAACGCGCUAUCAAAGACCGGUUCCACAGUCCUGCAAGCGACGGAGUACAUGGACAAUGGCACUCCCAUAAACCUCACCGUCACUCUCGACGAGAAAGAGGGCAGCGCCAUCUGUGACUUUACGGGUACAGGUGUAGAAGUAUGGGGCAACUUGAACGCCCCGCGCGCCAUCACCCUGUCCGCCCUCAUAUACUGUCUGCGCUGUAUGGUCGGCCACGAUGUACCACUCAACCAGGGCUGCCUGAACCCAGUGAAGGUGAUAAUCCCGGAAGGUUCCAUCCUGGACCCGUCAGAUGACGCGGCCGUCGUCGGAGGCAACGUGCUUACUUCUCAACGUAUUGUCGAUGUCGUGCUCAAAGCAUUCCAGGUCUGUGCAGCUUCUCAAGGUUGUAUGAACAACCUGACACUGGGUGAGGAAGACUGGGGGUACUAUGAAACUGUCGCUGGAGGAAGCGGGGCUGGUCCGGGUUGGCACGGUUCAGGAGGAGUGCACACCCACAUGACGAACACUCGCAUCACGGACGUCGAGAUCGUGGAGCGACGGUACCCCAUGCUCGUCACCAGGUUCUCUCUCAGACCUGGAUCUGGAGGCAGAGGUCGUUGGAGGGGGGGUGAUGGUGUGAUCAGAGAAUUGGUGUUCCGUCGAGCUGUGCAGCUGUCAGUACUCACUGAGAGACGCUCCUUCCAACCGUACGGGAUGAAUGGAGGCGAGGCGGGCGCGCGUGGUUUGAACCUGUUACAACGCGUCGACGGACGACUCAUCAAUUUGGGAGGCAAAGCUUCUGUACAGGCCUUCCCUGGGGACAAAUACAUAAUGAAUUCUCCCGGAGGCGGUGGCUAUGGACCAGCCUCAGACGCUUCGAACACAGAUCAAGAGGGAAACAAACCUAGCGCCUUCCUUGAAAGAGGCAGCGUCUACGAAUACAGAGCUGCGCAGGAGUCUGUGUAAAUAAAACAAAGGAAAACAUGCCUUAAUCUAAUUAGUACAAAGAUCAAAAUAACUUUUCAUAUUAUGUAUUACAAAUGCAUUUAAAAUAUUUACUGUAGAUAAAUAUUACACAUUGGCAGUUGGAUAUUUUUCAAUUGAUUACUCGGUUGACGUGUUGGCUGGGAAACCGGCUGCCAUUUAACGUGUCGUGAAUUCGAUAGAACAAUUCUGUGUGAUCCACAAAUUGUUGUUUCGGGUAUGAGUGCCGUGGGUACAUGGUCCAUGAACGGUAUGAGGCAAAGUUUUCUUUAAAAAUAUCUUCCACAUAGUCAACCGAAAUUCAAUUUCAUGAAGUAUUGU